UGUUAGUGUGAUAUGAUGUGUCAACUUGAAUCAAUGCACAUAUGUGCUUGGCUUUACAUUCCUUAUGACCGACCGACAUCUUUCUACAAUUGUUCUUUUUCCGUUCUUAGUAUGCAGUUUACUAAUGUUUAGUAAUGACAAUUAGUCAACACUGAUACUGUUGUUAAUAAGUUAAUCCUCUGUAAUUGAAUUAAAUCCGACUCUACUUAUUUCUUGAGUAUGUGAGAGACUAUCUUAUAGAAAUACAAUCAUAAACUGAUUAUGGAUUUUAUUUCAUAGUUACAUAUGUUAUUUUGACCAUUACAUCCCUCAUCGAAGCGUUGGUUCAAUGCUUGGAAGAUAUGUCUACCCUUUUAAGUUGACACACCACAAUUUCAAUAUAGUGAGAUGGUAGAUUGGUAGAAGUUAUAACACUAUUAGUGUUUGUGCGAAAGAUUAGGUAUAGACGAUAUGAUUCAUGAAAAAGGAAUGAGUUUGUGAAAUAUAAAGUGUAAAAUAGUUUUGAGACCCAAUAUGUAAAAAAAGAAAAUUAUGAAUAUAUCUGUGUCAUUAUGAUUAAAUCUAAGCCUUGGUCACUCAAAGACCUCCAAACACCACUUUAAAAUAAUCAGCUUCAACAAAAAAUCUUUUUAACAGUUCAAUGAAUUAUAUUUAACCUUUUUAAUGAUGAUACUUGUUCUUCAAUGGUUUGUUUGCUUAUUUUUUCUCUUAUAUUUUACAGGGUGUUUGGUGGUAUAAUACGAUGAAAUUUAGUAAUAACAAUGUACUGUUGGAUACAAUAAGAUAUUUUUGUGGUGCAUUCAUGCGUUCACCUUAUAUGGCAAUGCCACGUAUUAUUAAAGUAUUAUCCACUGCAUAUGAAUUCAAUCCAAAUUAUAAUAAAGAAAUAAUUUGUCGACCAAGUGAUAAUACUGAACUGCCUCCGUUAAUUAUGCAGAUACCAUUCUUCACAAUUUUCAAAAAAGCCAUCGUUGGAUCACCAUAUUCAGUGAAAGCUAGAGCAUUGAUUUAUGCACAUUUGGAACGUUUAGAGCUUCCAGCUAACACUUUACAUGUUGAUAGACAAUAUAUUAUUAAACAUUCGCCUCGUUUAAUUGACGAAAUGAUCAACAGUCUGCUAUACGUUCUAGCUGUGGCAAUGGACGAAGCUAAUUCAAGACAUAAAACACCGCAACACUUAGCUACCAUAGAAAAUUGUAUGCAUUUAAUUCCGAUGCUUGUUCAAGCGCUUACGGACAAUGCUUCACCGUUACUUCAACUUCCACAUAUUACUCAAACUCAACUUAGACAUAUGGCGACUAAACAACGUAAUAUUAAAUCUGUUCGACAGUUGAUCAAUUUACCAGAUGAUAAACGUAGAGCCCUUCUACGAAGUCUUUCUGAUGAACAAUAUCGUGAUAUUCUAAUAGUUAGUUCUUCUAUGCCCUAUCUAGAAUUGUCCUAUCGAUGUGAAGUAUUAGAUGAAGAUGAUGAUGAUUCAAGUAUUUGGCCAUUUAGUAUGGUUACAGUUACUGUCCUAUUAAAACGUAAACCAUUAUUAGAUCCGAAUGCAGUGAAUAAUGCUGCAAACGUUAAUGGACAUACUACUAAUACUAAUACAAUUACUACUAAUUCUGGUACUACUAAUUCUCCUACUACAUUAUCGGAUUCAAGUUAUUUCGAUCGUGGUCAAACAAUGCAACUUGAUUGGAAUGCCUAUAAUAAUAAUGAUUCAUUGAAUUCUAAACUUUAUCCUAUCGCUGAUAUACAUGGUACAGAGACGUUAAAAUCGUUGAAUUAUGAUGAUUUUCUUGGCAGUGGUGGUGGUGGUGAUGAAGAUAAGUUUGAUAAUUUUGGCAGUUCAACAAAGUCAUCAAAGAAAACCACUCCACCUGUUUGGGAUAAAAGUAAAAGAAAAAAAGGUGUACGCAAAAAUAAAUCACGUAAACAACAACAACAGCAAAAAAACUCUUCAUUGGGAUCGGAAAAAGUCAACCAAUUGGAAAUCAAUCCUGCAGAUGAAAUUGAUUCAGAACAAGAAGAUAGUGAUUCUGUUGUUGGCAUUGAUAAGAUCCCAGAUCACAUUGGUUUUACCAAUUCAUCGGUUUCAUCAGAAUUCUCUUUAAAAGAAAAAGAUGAAUCUGUCCAACCAAAUCAUAUUGAUGAUGGACAAGUCCAAAGAAAAACCACAACGGAUACUUUCGUUGAAUCAUCUUUACCAUCUUCAUUAAAUACAAAUAAAUCUUCAAGUAGAAAACCUAUGAAACCACACAAUAAAUUAUCUAGUAUGAUGGAUUCAAAAACACAUUGUACACAUGUUGUACAUUGUCCUUAUUUUCCUGUGGAGAAAUUUGAAGGUUGGUGGAUAUAUCUAGCUGAUAGAAAAACUCGACAACUUAUCACUAAACCUAUUUACAUUGCCACAUUACAAACUGAAGAAGAGCUACAACUUAGAUUUGUGGCACCUCCUAUUCCUGGUCAGUAUUUGUACGUACUAUCUGUUCGUUCAGAUAGUUACAUGGAUUGUGAUUUCACUGAAUGUAUUCGUUUCACUGUUCGUCCACUUCCUGAAAGAAUUGUACAAAUCCUUAAGGAACAAGAAGAAGCUGCAUCAGAUGACGAUGAUGAUAGUAGUGAUACAUCAAGUACUGAUACUGAAGAUGAUGAUGAGGUAGAGGCAGAAGAAAAGCAAGAAACAGGAAAUGAUGUCGUAAUAGAUAAUGAGGAAGAUCCUGAUAUUGAAGUAUUGUCACAGGAGGAAUGUACUCAAGCAAGUAUGGUUAUUGUUGAACAAUCAAAGAAAUGUGAUAAUGACCUUUCUUCAAACAAAAGCAAUAUUGAUGAUAAAGAAGAACAUGAUUGUGAUGGUGAAGAUGAUAAUGGCGACGAACAAAAUGUUUGUGGUCAUACUAAACAACUAUCCAGUAAACGUGAUAAUCAAUGUUUAUCAGUUUAUUUGGAUAAAUCUUAAAGUAUUCACAUUUUUCAAUUCACUCCCACACACUUUUUAGUGUUAUUUUUAUCUAUCGACUUGCUGCAUUCAUACAUUUUCUUUUGACUAUAUUUAUGUAUGUUACAAUAAAUUAUAUAUAAUGAACCCAUG